CGUAUCGUGGAGCUGAGUGACUACAUCGUUAAUCACGAUAACUUCUAUCGGCAUAUUGCGAUGGCUGUAGCAGCAGUUUUUCGAGAUCCUCAGAAGACGCACUGCUUGGUAAAGAACGGAAAAGUGCUCUGUAACACAAAAGUCAUUCAAGGGAAUAUUCAGAAAAUCUUACCGUCGUAUACAUUUUUUCUGGCCGAAGCGGAGCCUCCUUUUCACCGUCUGUGUUUUCCAGUAAAGGGAGAACAAUAAACAAAAAGGAACGCCAACAACUUGAACAGAGCACACAAACAUGCCCAAGAGAUGUGGUGUGAGCGCGAAAGAGUGAGAGCUGAGUAUAUGUUGCUUUGCACCCAUUCUGCAACUAGAACUCUCUAAUGGAAAAAUAGUUCAUCGGCAGCACAAGUUCUUUGCUCCGGAAUGUUGCGCAUGUGCAAACAAUCGCCGCCAUGCGCGCCU